GUUUUUUCUACAAAUACAACAAUGUCGAGGAUUAAUCUUAUAUCGUGAUAUACUGAGGCUUGGGGGGUAAUUGCUCUGAUAGGAUAUGCUCCGGCUGAAUCAACAAUUUGAGUUGAAGAUGUAUUUACAUCGCCAUGACAUCACGGUUAUUAUUGAGCUUGAUAAAGGAAAAUGUUGCUCUUAGACCUGGUGGUUUGGUUAAAAAACACCAGUACAGCAACCAUGUCCUUCUUACUAGGAUACCUACACCAGCUUGUCGACACAGCCCUCUCCUUCCUAAAGUUGAUCCAAAGCCGGGAAAUAGGAUGGCUCACUAUCGUACGCGAAACGGGUGAAUUCAAGCGCGAGCAGCAGCCGCUAUGGAAAAAGUUCAAAUUGGUGCUGCUGUUCAACCCGUUGACGGAAUGGUUGGACCAGACGCAUUUGUUCCGCCUCUACACGCAUGAAAAGAACAUUGAGGCUGGGCAGGAGGAAGUAGCGGCGCAGUCGCACAAACAGAUCAAAGGCUUCAUUGACUUUUUCCACAUCAAUAUGAACGAUUUCUUACCUUCAGAUCCAGAACAGUACGGAUCAUUCCAGGACUUCUUCAUUAGACACCACAAACCCGAGGCCAGGCCUCUGUAUGCUCCGAAUGAUAAGAAAAAAGCUGUUGUCGUGGCCGACUGCCGGAUAGUCGUAUAUCCCACCGUUGAAAAGACGCGCAAGCUCUGGGUGAAAGGCAGCCAAUUCACAAUAGCCAAUCUCAUCCGUGACUCCGAUCGUUCGAAGCCUUGGGAUAAUGGAGCGGUGGCUUGUUUCCGGUUAAGUCCCCAGGACUACCAUAGGUACCAUUCCCCUGUGGAGGGUAAAGUGAAGUGGUUCAAGCAGAUUCCGGGCGACUAUUUCGAGGUUGAUCCUAUAGCCAUUCGGAGCUCUGUGAAUAUCUUGACCGAGAAUGCCCGUUGUGCUGUCUGUCUUGAGACUAAGGAGUUUGGAGAGGUAUUGUUUGUCGCUGUGGGAGCAUCAGAUGUUGGAACCGUUGAGUUCCAUGACAAGACGAUGACUGCAGGAGAGCACAUCAAGAAAGGUCAAGAACUUGGUCUCUUCAAGUUCGGUGGAUCGACUAUUAUGGUGGCCUUCGAACAGGGCCGUAUCAAGUUCGAUGAAGAUCUGGAGCGCUGGAGUCACGACCAGGUUAUGGUUGAUGUAACGGUUAACAGCAGCAUGGGGACUGCAGUCAGUGAGAAGCAGUGAGAAUGUUCGUCCUGUCUAUUUGAGUUGGUUUGACUACCAAGUUUUCAGUUUGGAUACUCUGUUGUAAAAAUGUAAUGCAGUCUAUGGAACAGAAAAAGGUCUAUACUUGUAAAUAACACAUUUUCUUACAGGCAGUUUUAUG